AUGCCAACACACAAGGACUCCCCAGGCGACAGAAGCUCCAGCGAGGAUGGAGACUCCGAGGACGUGGUGACGUCUAUUCCCCAGGUCCCAGUGACCGUCCAACGACCGCCCUUCAUCCAGUCCGACGAGGACGAAAGACUACCUAAUGCAGCCAGAGCCAACACCGCUCCCUCGUACGACCACCCCAAAGGCACCACGAUUGACGACUGGAGCAAACGCCACAAACACCAAACCGUUCUACAGCAGCACUGCGAAUUUUUCGACCGAGACAAGGACGGAAUCGUCUGGCCGUCGGACACGUACGUUGGGUUUCGCCGGCUCGGCUUCAGCAUCUUCUUCUCCGUCAUUUCCUUGCUCUUCAUCCACGCCAACCUUUCCUACGCGACCGUCCACGGCCGCGUCCCCGACCCGCUGUUCCGCAUCUACCUAGACAGCAUCCACAAGGCCAAGCACGGCAGCGACAGCAACGCGUACGACACCGAGGGCCGCUUCCGCCCGCAGAGCUUCGAGGACAUCUUCUCCAAGUACGCGACCGACAAGGAGAGCCUGACGGCCGGGGACAUUGUGAGGCUGCUCAGAGGACAGCGGCUGCUGUCUGAUCCCAUCGGGUGGGGUGGUGCGGCGUUUGAAUGGUUUGCCUUGUACCUCAUGAUCUCGCCGGCAGAUGGGAGGCUGAAGAAGGAAGAUGUUCGAAUGUUAUUCGAUGGCAGCUUGUUCUAUCACAUUGCGGCGCAGCGUCUAAAUGAACAGGUGUGCGGCCAUUUUUUGGUGCGCAGCAGCCAACAAACCUUCAAACCAACACAGGCACACAAGACACAGAUGGACAAUCAAGCAUCACCCGCGUCCGCAACGCAGAAUUCAGCCGCCCCGGCCGGCCCCAACGGCAAUGGAGAUCAGACGAAGAGACAAGCCGAACAAGAGACAGGCGCGACCCCAAAGAGAAGCAGACCUAACCCGGACACGGACGACGAAGCACAUCCAGACACGCUCGGGAUCACCGGUGGCAGCUCGGCAGCGGUGGGCGACAUAUGCCAGGAUGUGCGUAUGCGUCCCGACUGGUAA